CUUUCUCGGAUACAUGUCACGUUUCGCUGGUCUCAAAUGUCAGAUUUUAUAAAACAAUACAGGACAUGCCGCGUUUAUCCUCAUUUAGUCGGCUAUCCACGCGUGAAUCGCUCUGUAUUGUGUUGCGCAGUAAAGCGACACCCACGGAAGUGACCAAUACGGGAAGAAACGACGGCAUGACGCAAUGUCCCGGCGCCGUGACAACACGCACCGGGUGAUUCAUUCCAAAGCACAGAGAUGGUUUAGCUAGUCUCCACGACAAACAUGACUCCUACUCGGACAGACGUCAACCCGUCGGUUUUACGUUUAUAACGCGCUACUUCAACCACCCAGCCAUGAAGCUGCUUCACAAAGACAUUGAAAAAGACAAUGCCGGUCAGGUGACUCUGAUGCCAGAGGAGGCGGAGGACAUGUGGCACACCUACAACCUGCUGCAAGUAGGGGACAGCCUGAGAGCCUCCACCAUCAGGAAGGUGCAGACAGAGUCCACUACCGGCAGUGUAGGCAGUUCCAGAGUUCGCACCACUCUCACCUUGUGUGUGGAGACGAUUGAUUUUGACUCCCAGGCCUGCCAGCUGAGAGUGAAGGGCACCAACCUCGAGGAGAACCAGUAUGUCAAGAUGGGGGCUUACCACACGAUAGAGCUCGAACUUAACAGGAAAUUCACUCUUGCGAAAAAGAGCUGGGACAGCGUUGUGCUGGACAGAAUCGAGCAGGCAUGCGAUGCCACUCAGAAAGCAGAUGUGGCAGCUGUGGUAAUGCAGGAGGGUCUAGCCAACCUGGUUCUGGUGACCCCCGCCAUGACUCUGCUCCGUGCAAAAGUGGAGGUCACCAUUCCUCGCAAGAGACGGGGAAGCUGCACUCAGCACGAGAAGGCGCUGGAGAGGUUCUAUGAGGCUGUGAUGCAAGCGAUUCUUCGCCACAUCAAUUUUGAUGUGGUGAAGUGCUUCCUGGUUGGCAGUCCGGGGUUUGUGAAGGACCAGUUCAUCGCCUACCUCUUUAGAGAGGCAGUGCGUCAGGACAACAAGCUUCUGCUGGAGAAUCGCCCAAAAUUCAUGCUGGUCCACUCGUCUUCAGGUCAUAAGUACUCACUCAAAGAAAUCCUCUCUGAUCCCACUGUGACAAGUAGACUUUCUGAUACAAAGGCAGCGGGAGAGGUGAAAGCCCUGGAAGAUUUCUAUAAGAUGCUCCAGCAUGAGCCCGACAGAGCUUUCUAUGGAGUGGCCCAUGUGGAGAGAGCUGCUGAAGCUCUCGCCAUCGACACCUUGCUGAUAAGUGAUAAUCUGUUCAGACAUCAGGACGUACCCACGAGAAGUCGCUACGUCCGGUUGGUCGACAGUGUGAGAGACAAUGGCGGCAACGUCAGAAUAUUCUCAAGCCUUCAUGUGUCUGGUGAACAGCUGACCCAGCUGAGUGGAGUGGCGGCCAUGUUGCGGUUUCCCAUCGCCGACCUGUCCGAGGAAGAGGACGGCAGCAGCUCAGACGAAGACUGAUCCAGAGAAAAGGACCCUGGCGCCCCGUUCGGAGAAAAGAAGGGGGCAAAUAACACAAGAAUACAUUGUGUUAUAAAACAAUAAAUCUCCUGUGUUAUGGUUUCAACCUCUCCAACACACAGCACACUUCUUUCAGAUCUAAUUCAUUUUCUGAAGUGGCCAUGAUUUCAGUUCUUGGUGUUUUUGGUUUGAGGUUAGUGUCUUUGAGAAGGUGCAGGUUGUGUUAAUUCCUGAAAGCUUGCGGCUCUUAAGAAAGCUGAUCAAAAGGAAUGUUAUAUGUUGCAGUAUUACAUAUUACAUGUUGCCACAGUUCAAAUGACAACUGGUUAAAUUUUGAGUCAUAUUUAGCAAUAAAAAAAUUAAUAUUUUCAAGUGUAUAUACAAUAUAUCUUUCUUGCAAUUAAACAACAUAAGCAUUCAA